AUGUCACCAGUACCCUCCAACAAGUUUCUUCCAAGUCCCAAGACAAUCGCUAUCUUAGGAUGUCCGUUUAGCGGUGGUCAGCCAAAACUCGGUGUAGACAAAGGCCCUAUUCACCUCGUCCAGGCAGGUCUCAUCGACCAGAUCGAAAACCUCGGAUGGCGUGUCAUCUUUGACGGGCACCAUCAAUUCGAGGAUAUUUCUCCUCCAUCCAAUAGCACCUUAGUUAAUGCCGUCGAUGAUUCCGCUGUAGACGCACUAAACGCAUCCAUCGCGAGGCUGAAAAAUCCUCUUUUCGUUGCCCAGGUCUGCGAGAAUGUCGCAUCCGCCGUACAGGCUCAUGCCGAGAGGGGGCAGCUCCCCGUUACCCUUGGUGGAGACCAUUCUUUGGCCAUGGGCACUAUCUCAGGCACACUGAGAGCAUACGACCAAGCGUGUGUUAUCUGGAUAGACGCCCACGCCGACAUAAACACAAUCCAUAGCACCGACAGCGGAAACAUCCACGGCAUGCCUCUCUCCUUCCUCCUCAAGCUCAACCCCCCUGCGCCAUCCCCAGACUUCGUCCUCGCCAAGUUCGACUGGGUUUCCCACCUCCCUGCCGAGCGUCUCGUUUACAUCGGUUUAAGGGACGUGGAACAAGGCGAGAAGGAGAUAUUGAAGCAACACAACAUCAAGGCGUUCAGUAUGCACGAGGUUGACCGCUAUGGCAUCGGCAAGGUGGUUGAAAUGGCGCUCGACCAUGUUAACCCGCAACGAGACCGCCCUAUUCACCUGAGCUUUGAUGUUGACGCGCUCGAUCCGAGUGUUGCUCCUAGCACGGGGACGCCGGUGCGCGGCGGCCUUACCUUCCGCGAAGGACACUACAUCUGCGAGGCGAUUCAUGAGACUGGGUUACUCGUCGCGCUUGACUUGAUGGAAGUCAACCCCGCGCUUGCAGAUGCUGAGAGCGUGCGGCAGACCGUCGCAGUGGGGUGCUCGUUGGUCCGUUCUGCUUUGGGUAAGUUGUUCAUCUGCCAUCACGUUGUUUUCUGUUUGCGCGGUUUGGCUAUUGUUCUUGAUUGGGACACAGCGCCAGACGUGCACCACGGUGUUCACAUCGACUACUCGCAAUGUGACUUACUAAUCGCGCUCGUGAUCUGUUUGUUGUACAGGAGAGACCCUUCUCUGAGUUGCUUGCAAAUCUAA